UAUAGAAAAAAAUGAAUUUUUUCACAAUUUUACUUGGACUUGCUUUGGUCGUAGCUGCUUAUGCUCAUGAACAUGCAUCAAGCUAUGUUAAGAGAACAGAUGAACAUGGACAUCAUACAGAAAUUAAGGUUGAGGCUCAUCAUGGUGAAGAUCAUGGACAUGGACAUGAUGAAUACAAACAUGUUGACUACAUCCAUCAUCCAGCCUAUAAAUUUGAAUAUGGAGUUAAGGACCCAAAGACAAAGGAUCAUCAUAGCCAAUGGGAGCAUCGUGAUGGAGAUGUUGUUAAAGGAGAAUACUCACUUGAUGAAGCUGAUGGAACCAAGAGAAUUGUAAAAUACUCAUCAGACAAGAAAGGAGGUUUCACUGCUCAUGUUGAGAGAGUCGGACAUGCUUCUCAUCCAGCUCAUUAUGGCCAUCAUGAAGAAGAACAUCAUCACUAAAAGAUUUCACUAUUCAAAAGCUCUGUGAUAAACUUAGAUUGUUAACUACUCA